GAUGAAGAGGAGCUGAGAGUCUGCAGCACAGGGGGAAAACCGCAGGAGCCCAGAGGGGGUCGGUGUACUGAGCCUGGACCUCCAGUAGCCGCACAGGGUGCAGUAGAGCCCAUGCAGAUUGACGUAGAUCCACAAGAAGAUCAGCAAAAUGCACCUGAUAUCAACUAUGUGGUGGAGAACCCCACUCUGGAUUUGGAGCAGUAUGCGUCCAGCUACAGUGGUCUGAUGCGAAUUGAGCGGCUGCAAUUUAUUGCUGAUCACUGCCCACAGCUGCGGGUGGAAGCUCUCAAGAUGGCACUGUCAUUUGUCCAGAGAACUUUCAAUGUUGAUGUGUACGAAGAAAUCCACAGAAAGUUGUCUGAGGCCACCAGAGAACUGCAGAAUACACCUGAUGCUGUCCCUGAUAGUGGAAUUGAACCCCCUCCUCUUGACACAGCUUGGGUUGAAGCUACACGCAAAAAAGCUCUUCUUAAACUGGAGAAACUCGACACAGAUCUGAAAAAUUACAAAGGGAACUCCAUCAAAGAGAGUAUCAGGAGAGGCCAUGAUGACUUAGGUGAUCAUUACCUUGACUGUGGGGACCUCAGCAACGCUCUCAAGUGUUACUCACGAGCCCGUGAUUACUGCACCAGUGCUAAACAUGUUAUCAACAUGUGUCUCAAUGUCAUCAAGGUCAGUGUCUACCUCCAGAAUUGGUCUCAUGUUCUGAGCUAUGUAAGCAAGGCUGAGUCUACACCAGAAAUUGCAGAACAAAGAGGAGAAAGAGACAGCCAGACACAAGCAAUUCUCACCAAACUGAAAUGUGCAGCAGGCUUGGCCGAACUAGCUGCUCGGAAGUACAAACAGGCAGCAAAGUGUUUCUUGUUGGCAUCAUUUGAUCACUGUGAUUUCCCUGAGCUGUUAUCUCCUAGCAAUGUGGCUGUGUAUGGUGGUCUCUGUGCCCUUGCUACCUUUGACCGUCAGGAACUGCAACGAAAUGUUAUCUCCAGCAGCUCCUUCAAAUUGUUUUUGGAGCUGGAGCCACAGGUUCGUGACAUCAUCUUCAAGUUUUAUGAAUCUAAAUAUGCUUCAUGCCUGAAGAUGCUGGAUGAGAUGAAGGACAACCUGCUACUGGAUAUGUACCUUGCACCUCAUGUCAGGACACUUUAUACCCAGAUUCGAAAUCGUGCCCUUAUCCAGUACUUCAGCCCUUAUGUGUCGGCAGAUAUGCGCAAGAUGGCCACUGCUUUUAACACCACAGUGGCUGCUCUGGAAGAUGAACUUACUCAGCUGAUCCUGGAGGGACUGAUCAAUGCCAGAAUAGACUCGCACAGUAAGAUUCUUUAUGCUCGAGAUGUAGAUCAGCGCAGCACAACUUUUGAGAAGUCUUUACUAAUGGGCAAAGAGUUUCAGCGACGUGCCAAAGCUAUGAUCCUGCGAGCUGCAGUCUUGCGCAACCAGAUACAUGUCAAGUCUCCUCCAAGAGAAGGUAGCCAAGGGGAGCUUACUCCAGCUAACAGCCAGUCCAGGAUGAGCACCAACAUGUGAAAAACUUCGUGGACUACCAAAAGAAAUGGUCCCUCCAGGACUGUACCCAGUGUCUCACCCACUAACUGCUGAGCUUCACAAACUGUCCCUGUCUCCCUCACUUCUUGCUUGGAUUGAGAGGGUCAGGGCUGAUGGUGGAUAAUAUGAAUAUUCCAAUAACUUCAAUUCUCCUUGAAAAGUAAUUCUUUCUAAAAACAGCAUCCCUGCAAUGGGUCAUCAUUUCAGUUUUGGUAGAACAUCUUCCUCCAUUCUCCUUCUUCCACCACUCCGUAAAGAGCUUGUCAGGUUAUUCAUACAGAUGCUGAUUUGAGAGUUUUUCAGCUGCUAUUAGUUUUCUUGUUUCGAAGCUGCAAAAAUAGUUAGUGGUAAGUUGAAUGGACAGGCGUGAUCUAAGAUGAAUUUCGCUGGCCUGAAAGUAUUGCCUUGAUUCUGAGCAAUGCUGAGCUUUCUGUUUAUUCCAGAUAAACUUAGAAGUGCAUUGCUCUCAAUUAUGGAGCUAGAGUUCUGAUGGGAGAGGAGGUUUCCUUUGAGAAACUCUUAAUGAUUUUUCACCUACACCAGAAAACAUGGCACCGCUUCCAUGCAUUCAGCCACAGGCCUUUAUUUUAGGGUGUUACGUUUACCUGGAUCCAGGUUCUUUCUCUCUGGUCUCUGUUUUUAAAGACCUGUUUCCUGAUGUGUUUCCCACUUGUGCAUGGCCUGGCUUUGGGGUCCAGUGUUAUCAUAGCAGUAAAUCUCUACUUCAUGCAAAUAUUGCUGCUUGUCCAGUCUUACUGCCAUAGUGUGUGAUGGUUUCCCAACAUGUGCAAGAGUUGCUUCUGGUAGCAUGGAUAAAUGCCAUAAAAUACCACUCGAGUCCUGUGGAAGAGCUGAAAGCAGCCAGUCUAGGUGCCUGCUCUCCAGGUGCAUUUAUUCUGCUUUUCCUUUUAUAAAGGGAUUAAAGUGGCAGCCCAGGUGUGUGUGUGUGUGUGUGUUCGGUGUUAAUGAAAGGAGAUACGCACUGAAUUUUCUGAAGUCACUGCAGCCUUGCAUUCAUCUAGUUCAGGCAAGCUAAGAAUUUUGAUCCAGCCCUGACUGGUCUGGCAACUGACUACAGAUGUUACUGUUAAUGUGUU